GCACCUGAACGCAGCAUCGGGGUCUUGCCGCAUAUCCAGCUAACUGACGGCUACUAGCUUUUGUGUCAGUAUGGAGUCCCGCUGUUUGUUUGCUGUUUCUGGUUAAUAACCCGCUGGCAUUCUGGUGGCUUUAAUGUUCCGCGCAGGUCCCCUAAAAACCAUCGGCAAAGCGGGAACUGGCUGGCACUUUCGCCGGACAAUGGACGAGCUGGUCCAUGACCUGGUGUCGGCCCUGGAGGAGAGCUCGGAGCAGGCUGCCCGGGGCGGGGGCUUCGGCGACGGGGGGGACCACGCGCUGGCGGUGGGCUGCCUGCUGAAGAGGCAGGCCCGGAAGCGGAGGGGCCGGAAACGACGCUCGGACAACCCGCAUCCGCCGUGGGAGACGGGCCACCUGAGCGAGGGGUCAGAGUCCAGCGUGGAGGAGCACAAGGACUACCGCGCCAGCUCAGGCGGCGUCUCCGCCGGCAACAGCCACGCCCGCGACAACAGCGACUCUGACGAGCAGCUGGGCCCCAAGAGACGACCGCCCCACGCCGCCGACCCGGGACGGAGCAAGCGGCCGAUCUGGCCCGACGACCUGGCCGUGCUGGGGUCGGCCGAGGGGACCCGCAGCCUCCGGCGCCGACGCAAGGUCAAACGCAUGGCCGUGGACCCGCCGGCCGAGCCGGAGCCUCACCCCGCCAUCCUGCUGGGGCCCCCGCCUGUCCCCAAGGCCCGCGUCGGCGGCAGGCCGCACAGACUCUGCGCCAACGAGGGCAGGGGCGCCAUGGAGCUGUGCGGCGGCGGCCUGAUGGCGUCGGCGGGAGAAAAGAGCCGCGUGAAGAAGAGGAAACUGGCGUUGCAGAGGCUGGGACUGGAAGCUGCAGACGAAGGCGUGGUUGUUGAGAGCGAAGACCUUCUGUCUUCGCCCAAAGACGGAUGUAAGGACAAGAUGGAGCUGGACGAGCAAAAGGGCUCAGAUGAGGACAUGAGUGACAGGUGUGAGACCAGCAGCGUCAGUAACAGCAGCGACGGCGGCCUCUAUACCAACGACGAGGGGAGGCAAGGCGACGACGAACAGAGCGACUGGUUCUACGAGGGAGAACCGGGGUCUGGGUCUGGGCCCGGUGGUGCAUGUGGAAUAGCAGGAGUGGUUCCCUGGUGGGAGAGGGAGGCGGCGUCGGAGGCGCUGGACCUCGUCGACCCCGUCUUCAACAGCAUCCUCACAGGAUCCUUUCCACUGCUGAGUCCCGCUGCACAGAAAGGGUUCCAGGCCAGGUUGAGUCGCCUGCAUGGAAACCAGCAGGGCUCUGAGGCGGGGCUGCCGGGGAGCUCCAGUCAGGACCCCCACGAGCCUUGGUUCAGCUCCAGCUCCAGGAGGGACCACGGACAGCUGCACUGGGAUCCACGAACAGACCGAGGCCAUCGGAGGAGCUGUUCGGUGAAAACAGCAAGCAGACAGACCAGCGGACACCUCGGCUCUUUGUGCACAGGCGACAUCAAGCGGAGGCGAAAGGCAGCGCCUCUCGGUACCGUCGUGCCGUCAGGCGUGGUCGGAGAAAACGCGCCUCCCAUCCCCGACACGAACAUGGGGAGCCGCAUGUUGCAGAGCAUGGGCUGGAGCCCGGGCAUGGGCCUCGGGCCCGAGGGGAGGGGCAUCACCGAGCCCGUCCGCGCCACACAGAGACCCAAAGGGGCGGGUUUAGGUUUCAACUGAUCGGCCGGUUCCCCGGACUCUGGGGUCAAGAAAAACAAACGACUGAUGAAACUCUCCUCAGGAUGAUUCUUAACCAAAGUCCUGCGAGCUACGCCAACGAAGGAGGCUUGGUCUACCAAGAACGUCUGCGGCGACGAACUUUCCCAUAUUGGGGAAACUGUAGGAAACCUGGGAUGGAGUCAUGUGACAGUGAUAUGUGGAAGUGAGACGUAAAAUUGCUCAAACUCCAUGUUGGAGAAGUUGACGUUGAUGCUUGAUCACAUGUUACCUCAGUGUUAAAGGGCAAAGAGCUGAGCCUCUGAGCUCUUUCUGAUAACAGUCUGUCUGUCAGCGCUCAGCCACACCGGCUGGACGAUUAACAACAAAUGGUUUAUUUUUUUCUGAGAUUGCACAUCCGUUUUUGAAUCAAAUGUUUGAAUAGGCCAUACCUCAACACACCUUUUUAAGUUUCUUUCUUUUUUUUUUUUUUUUUAUCGUAAUGAUGUUAGCAGACCUUAGCAGAUUUAUCUAGAUGUAUGUAUCGAUCCAUUUUAUUCAUGUCAUUGAGGAAUUCAUGUCAUCUGAAAGUUUUUAUUUCUCCGCAAAGAAAAAAAAAAAGAGUAAAAAAAUCUAAAUCUCAAAA